CGCCCAGUCCUACUCGUUAUACAAUAUAAUUGGAUGCCUAUUUGAUUUUUUUUUAAUUCACCUUCUCUCAUAUUGCAUGAUUUAGUAAACACAAAAACAUUUGCACAAAGGGCGCAGUUAAAAACACUUCUUUUUCAUCUUAUAAGUUCAUGAUGCUUUUUGGGAGAUGGGAACUGCGACGCCUUCCGUUUGUUUGGGAUACUGCGUCACUGUUCGAUGAUUCCAGUAAGUGCUGCUCAAUUGGUGGUUAUUGAAGCUUAAAAGUCUAAAAAGAAAGAAAAGAAAGAAGAAACCACAAAGGGAACAAAAGGGAAAGUUUUAAGAAAAUAAUCCGUCACGUGCGUUAGGUGUUGAAUGUAAUUUCUUACCUCAGAUCUUACGGGUAUAUAAAGUGAUUACCUUUCUCUUUUGCCUAACUUUUUGAUACUUGAUUUGCGCUAAUCGGAAGUGACUGAUUUUGUGAUUUUUUUUACUUGUAUUUUGAAUAUUUGAAGAUGUUUUCAUUGAAAAUAUGCUUGCUCAUCGCAAUGGCCUUCAUUUUUGUAUCGAGAGCUGCUGAUGCCGGCAUCUUAGGCCACAGUGGAGUGGUGUUUCAUGUGGAUAAACAUGGUCAUUGGGGAGGACAUAGCUCUCACUAUGACUACAGAUUCUACCCCGAGAAGAGCCUUCUGGGAUACCUCAUGGAUCAUCACCACAUGGUGGAUAAUCACAAUAUGGUGGAUGAUCACCAUAUCGAUGAUGAUCCAUAUUCUCUCAUUCCUGAUCAUGGUUACCAUGGGACAUCGGAUCCAUAUUUUUACUAUGCUGGAGAUCAUCACACUUACCACUGAUUAUUGAAUAGUUGAAAAAGGUUCUGCAUUGUUUGCUAACAUGAUAACAGAUUGUGGUGAAAACAAAACUGCAGUACUUUUAAGGAUGAUUUCUACAAAUGUUGCUAUCACGAUUUAGCUGAAAUAUAAUGUGCCACACAAUUGUUAUAUUAUACAGAUUUUUGAGAUAUUUUUUAUGAGUUUAUGAAAAAUUCAUCUUUUAGUGUAAAUUACUUUAUGUACAUAGAUCAUUAUACAUCAUAAAAUAAAUUCACUCAUUUUUUACAA